UACGUACGUCAAAGAGCUAAUCACAAGCACAUGCUGUGUUUUGGUUUUAAAUUUACAUAACCGCACAGUGAAAAUAAGUCCCUGUAGUAAACAAUUUGUGCAACAUUUUAACCCGUGUUUAAGGAGUAACAUUGGAGUCUUAAAAUAUGGUAAUAGCAGCCAUGAAAAAGCCAGCCGUAACUGUUUCAGAUUCUGGAUCAGAAAAUGAAAAUGAAGAAUCAGAAUAUGAAGGAGGAAACAGUGACGAAGAACAAAUUUCUUCAGAGGAAUCAGACAAUCCGAGUGGCAGUCAAGACGAAGGAGUAAUGUUAACAAAUGAGGGCUGGGCAGAUUCUGUUGCAAAGAUUUUAGGUUCUAGUAAGCCAAAAAAUAAAAAGACUUUGGUAUUAUCAAGAGCUAAAAAGCAUUCAGAGAUAAUAAAAAAGGAAAAAGAUGAAAAACCAGCAUUUGAAGUAGUUGGCGACAGUGAACAAACUAAAAACGAAGAAAAAAAAGAAGAAAUUGUGUCAUUUGAGCCUCCAAUAAAGAAAAAGAGACAUGAAAAAUCAACUAUUAGAGUUAAACCAAACAUUUUAGAGAAGGACAGGGAGAGACUCUUAUCUAAAAUAGCAACUAAAGGUGUGGUACAGUUAUUUAAUGCAGUAAGGAACCAACAGAAGACAUUAGAAAAAGAAUUAAAUAAAGAUUUAACAGAAGCCAAGAAAGAGAAGAUCUUGAAAAAAUUUGAUAAGAGGGCAUUUUUAGAUACCUUAAUGGGUCAGACAAAGUCUAUAGUUGUGGAUGAACAAACACAGUCUUUAAAAAAUGAAGUUAAAGCUGAAGAAGAAAAACCUAAAUGGAAUGCUUUAAGAGAUGACUUUAUGAUGGGAGCAAAAAUGAAAGACUGGGACAAAGAACCUACUGAUGAUUAAAUAAAAAAUUAAACUUUAUUAACAUUAAGUAUGUACAUAAUUUUAUAUAUUAUAAGAUUAAAAUAUGAAUGUUUAC